AGCCUAUAUUGGCUAGUGCUUUUGGGCAUAAGGCGCAGUCCUACCCGCCCUUCUAUCAAAACUGAUGUCUAGUCUCGCAUACCAUGACGCAUCUUGACCAACUCUGAUCAAAUGCUUAUCUGCGCGUGUCAACUCCAAGCGGUAUGGUUGUAGACUAGAAAACCCUAGCACGAGAAGGGGGGUUAACAUUCGCAUGUAAUGUGUGUGGGAGUGGGUGGAGAGCCUUGACAGCCCUUUUCUCUCCAUACGCUUCGCUCUGCGCACAAAGGCGGCGUCGUUCCUGCAAGCUGCUGCCACUGGAAGGAACCGAUAUUGAUCAGUUGAUAACGGGUCACUGUUCUGAAGUGAUCGGCGGUUUUGUGUGAGCUCUGGUUCCGUUCUAGCCGGCAGGUUCAGGUGGGCGCGCCUGUCCGAUUUCACACGCUAGCCUACUCUAUGUACAGUUCGCCAAGUGCGCUUCUUCAAUUCGAAGACGCGAUAGUCGGGUCGUCUUGAAUUCCCUUACUGUUUUUUUCUCCCCUUUCUUUCUUUCUCUCUUCCACCAACGUUUUUGAGGUGGCUGGGUCUCCCGGUUGGACCGGGGGCCGAAAGAUCUCUGAUCUGGUCUCGCGAGUCACCGGGGACACCACGCGCUCUACAGGGGCCAGGCUGUGCGAGUCACGGAUCAGUCCGGAGCCUCCACGCGCGCUCGCCCUCAUGGAGGGGGACGUUAUGGACAAGCUGGAGGACAUGGCCUCUGUGUACGAGUUCGACCCCAUCACGGGGAAUAUCCCCGCCACCAAGGUGGAGAUCACCGUCUCGUGCAGGAAUCUUCUUGACAAAGAUACGUUCUCCAAGUCCGACCCAUUGUGUGUGCUCUACACGCAAGGAGUGGAAACCAAGCAGUGGAGAGAGUUUGGAAGAACCGAGGUGAUUGACAACACCCUGAACCCAGACUUUGUCCGAAAGUACAUCCUCGACUACUUCUUUGAGGAGAAACAAAGCCUUCGCUUCGACUUGUACGAUGUGGAUUCCAAAAGUCCAGACCUGUCCAAACACCCCGCCGACCUCAACGACUUUCUGGGUCAGAUGUACUGCACCCUGGGUGAGAUCGUUGGCUCGCCUGCCAGCCGUCUGGAGAAGCCUCUCGGAGGGAUCCUAGGGAAGAAAUGUGGCUCUAUCAUCUUGUCUGCAGAGGAGCUGGGAAACUGCAGAGACAGCGCGACUAUGCAGUUUUGUGCCAACAAGCUGGACAAGAAGGAUUUCUUUGGCAAGUCAGACCCUUUUAUGGUGUUCUACAGAAGCAACGAGGAUGGAACGUUUACUAUCUGCCAUAAAACAGAGGUGGUGAAGAACACUUUAAACCCGGUGUGGCAGUCCUUCACCAUCCCAGUCAGAGCGCUUUGCAAUGGGGACUUUGACAGAACAAUCAAGGUGGAGGUGUACGACUGGGACCGAGAUGGCAGUCAUGACUUCAUCGGGGAGCUCACCACCAGCUACCGAGAGCUUGCUCGAGGGCAGAGCCAAUUCAAUGUUUAUGAGGUGAUGAAUCCCAAAAAGAAAAUGAAGAAAAAGAAGUAUGUACAUUCGGGAACGGUGACUCUGCUCUCGUUCUCAGUCGAAGCGGAGUGCACUUUUCUGGACUACAUCAAAGGAGGAACACAGAUCAAUUUCACUGUGGCCAUCGAUUUCACUGCUUCUAAUGGUAACCCGUCGCAGUCCACCUCCCUUCACUACAUGAACCCGUACCAGAUGAACGCCUACGCCAUGGCUCUGAAGGCUGUGGGCGAGAUCAUCCAGGACUAUGACAGUGAUAAGAUGUUCCCUGCCCUGGGCUUCGGGGCCAAGCUGCCCCCUGAUGGGAGGGUGUCCCAUGAGUUCCCCCUGAAUGGCAACAUGGACAACCCUUACUGUAACGGCAUAGAGGGAAUCCUGGAGGCCUACCACCAGAGUCUAAAGACCGUCCAACUCUACGGUCCAACCAACUUCGCCCCUGUUGUGAACCAUGUUGCCAGAUAUGCAGCGGCAGUUCAGGAUGGUUCCCAGUACUUUGUGCUUCUCAUCAUCACAGAUGGCGUCAUCUCAGACAUGGCCCAAACCAAGGAGGCCAUCGUCAACGGCGCUAAGCUUCCCAUGUCCAUCAUCAUCGUGGGAGUGGGGCAGGCUGAGUUUGAUGCCAUGGUAGAGCUAGAUGGAGAUGACAUCAGGAUUUCCUCCAGAGGAAAGCUGGCAGAGCGAGACAUAGUUCAGUUUGUCCCGUUCCGAGACUACAUGGACCGGACAGGCAACCAUGUGUUGAGCAUGGCUCGUCUGGCCAAAGAUGUGCUAGCAGAGAUCCCAGACCAGUUCAUCUCCUAUAUGAAGAGCAGAGGGAUCAAGCCCAACCCUGCCCCGCCCCCCUACACGCCCCCAGGACACACCCACCACACACAGAUCUGAGCCCCACUUUAACCGAGCACUGAUGGGAGAUUAGAUUUUGGCCAACUUCGGGCAGCCCACUGGGAAACUUCCCAUGAAUAGAUAACAAAGAGGAGUGACAUACAAGUGGGAGGAAAUGUUUGUGUUAGUACCUCCCAGUGACUCCUCAAGAGGUGGUUUCUCUUUGUCAUGGUUUUAUCUGUUUCGUUUAUUUUCGAAGGAGUGACAGAGACUGUGAGGGAGAGAGGAAAAUGCUGUAUCAGGUUUUGAAUGAACAGUGAACUAGUGAACUAAACAUCUUUUUAUCAAAUUAAGACUGUGACUGUUUCAUGUCUGGUGUGAGAGCAGGUCACUUUGAGGUCAUGUGGUUGAGACUUGUGCCUGUUUAUUGUUAUUGUUAAAUGUAUUAGGACAAGUGCGCCCUCAUCCAAACUUUGACCUUGGCUGACCUUGGUGUGGCUUCUCAUAGCCUGUUUAAGGUGACAUUUUUAGACACCUCUCAAUAAAUAUAUUUGUUUUAGGUUUGAGGUUCAAAUAAUUUUAGUCAGAUUCAGUUUAAAGUUUUGCAGUGGGUUAGGAUGUCUGGUGUUGAGGUAUUUUGGUGGGGGGUCUCAUGUGGUGUUGACAGGGAUCCACCUCUCGACGUGUGGGUUUAUAGAAGCAUGUUGGUCAUUCAGAUGAAGUUAAGGCAUCGUAUUUAUCCUUUAAAAAUAUCAAAAGUUGCAUGUUUAUAUAAUAGAUAUGUACAAAACAUGUUUCUAUAUGAACCUCCCUGAGAGAUUUCUACUACAGAGCUCAGUAAUAUUUCAACAAUUUUGCACUUUUCACAAGAUGUGUCUAAAAGCACAAGUAACAGAUCACUUUACAUCAAAACAUUCUUAUUGUUUAAUAUUUACACUGACUUGUUCCUUCCAAUUGUCCCCUUUGGUCUAACUAUGGUUCCUCAUCCCAACUGUUUAAAAAGUAGUGUUUUUAACAAUUAAUUCUGUGACAAAUGUGUUCUUGCUAGAACCAACAUUUGCUAUUUUUUAUUUAAAUCUCCACUUUGGCCACUGAGUGACGUUUAUUGAUCAAGCCAAUUUCAUGCCACACAAACACGACGCAUGGAGCAACAAGGGAAAUGCAUUGGACACACAUGUUGGUCAAUACUCUGAUUGCUGUUAAUGUUACGAAUUGGAUACUAAAUUAAAAGCAAUUUACACUUAUAAACCCUAAAUCACGGUUAUGUGAUUGACUAUGUGGUUCUCCCUGCCAGUCUCCUUUCUAUGCAGUUGUGUUUUGACACUCAGCCACUCAAUAAGACUGUUUAGAACACUAAACACAACUACUUCAUUUUCAGUAUAUCUGAAAGGAUCAUUUUAAUUGUCUUUUAUCCACCAGUUGAUUGCUGUACUGCUACCUUAGAAGACAAUAAUAGUUCUUCAGUUGAACAAAAUCAUAUUAAGAUAAGAGGAGACUACAUGUCCACGAUGUAGCAAAAAGACCGAUCUCUUCCAUGACAGUGCUCUCUGAUACCUAACUCUAACCCUGCUCUCUGGUUCCUCAAGUACCUCUUCCAUGACAGUGCUGUCUGAUACCUAACUCUAACCCUGCUCUCUGGUUCCUCAAGUACAAUGGAAAAUGGUACUCUGCCCAUGUCAACAAAUCACACCCCAUGAAUAAGACAUUUUCAAUGAGCAAGUGAGAUUAUAGGGGCGAAAUUGUUGUAAACUGAUCAUUUUUUUGGUAGGAUUUUGUGUAUAUGGGUGUUACGUAAUAAGAGAUGAUCUGUACAGUGAAACCUACUGAUAGAUUUUCUCAUUAAGAGUUGUGUAUACCUGGAGAUCUGGAGUGUGUUUAUGAGUAAUUUACAUAUUUCUCACAGACAACUUUAAGGGAAGCACUUUAUCCCUUUCCGUUAAGAGACAUGCUUCAAUGGUAAAUGUUUUAUUUUUGGAGAUGAUCGUAUUACUAUACUACAAUAUCUUUUUUUCUGGAAUGUGUAACGAUAAGCCAUUUAUCAUGCCGAUUAUUCCACAUCACCUGCCCACGUCACAGUUUAAACUGUCUCUGACAUGGUGACGUGGGGAUGUAGGGUUGUGUUCGUGAAAAAUCAUGAAGAAUAAAGAGUGUUUGUACUCUGUGCCAACACCUGGAACAUAGAGACGAUUCCAUCUGGAUUAUGUGCAUGUUAGUGCCAAAUAUGGCAGCAAGAACGGGACUGUUUGCUUUCCCUUCUCUCAAAAAAGGAAAAGGAGAUAUCACAAAACUGAAGCUGUAGCCAACUAGCAUGUUGCAUUAAUAAGGAUGUUUAUUUUCACAAUGUAACGUCACAUUCUGGGACCCUAAUGGGCAGGUGAAAAAAUAUGAAAUGAAGGUCUAAUAAUUUUGCAUUCCCUCUUACUUUAAAAAAGUUAUUUAUAAAAGAUGUUUAACAAGACCCGCAACGGUCUCAGCAUGAUUCUAUAUCCAUGACCAAGCCCAAACGAAAUUUGCGAGCGCGGAAUUCCGAC